AUGGCUCCGAGUGCUACCGUUGGGAACGCCCUGGAAGUGGAUGUAAGCAUUGACACGCCUGUGCAAGCCUGCAAGGUGUAUCCUGCUAAACGGAUUAGUCAGGAGGUUGAAUUUACUGAUACAGACUCUGUUUACGAUGAAUCAUACGAGAAUGGCCGUCGGUACCAUGCAUAUCACGAGGGGGCUUAUAUUCUGCCAAACGACAAAGAGGAACAGGACCGAAUGGAUAUAUGGCAUCACAUAUACCUGCUCCUUCUAAGAGGAGAGCUUUGCCUUGCGCCGGUCAGGAAUCCUCGGCGUGUACUAGACCUCGGUACUGGAACGGGAAUCUGGGCCAUCCAGUUUGCUAAGGUCCCUCCGAACUGCACAUUUGAGAUUGACGACUUUGAGACGGAAUGGCUAUACAAGACCAAGUUCGACUACAUCCACGGCCGUGAGCUGGAGGGGUGUGUCGCUGACGUAGAGCGGCUUUUCCAGCAAGCCUUUGAGCAUCUGAAUUCUGGGGGAUACUUUGAAUUUGACGGUGCCUAUGCUCGCUACUGCUCUGAUGAUGGUACUGAUAAAAAGGCCAAGCAUCUCCACUUACUGACAAAGUACCUCUCUUUGGCUGGGGUGAAAUUCGGCAAAAGCGUCGAGAAAACACUCUCGUGGAAGGACGCGAUGAAAAAGGCGGGCUUCGUUGAUGUGAAGGAGUCUGUCGUUAAGGUUGUCCUUCCCACUUCUUCUGCCCUGUAG